CUAGGCAUGCAGACUGCUUCUACAUUUGUGAAAGAAUGGGUCGCUCUCAGGAGCUCAGUGAAUUCAAGCGUUAUACCGCGAUAGGCUGCCACCUGUGCAAUAAGUCCAUCUGUGAAAUGUCCUUGCUACUAAGUAUUCCACAGUCAACUGUUAACAGUAUUAUAACAAAGUGGAAGCAACUGGGAACAGCAGCAACUCAGUGGUAGGCCACCACUGGACUCUAGAGCAGUGGAGAUGUGUUCUCUAGUGUGACGAAUCACGCUUCUCUGGCAAUCAGAUGGAUGUGUCUGGGUUUGGUUGUACUUGCCUGCCUGCAUUGUUCCAAGUGUAA